GCACCGCUGCAGUGGCUGCUGCAGGAAUAUUUGCUGGUCUUCGCAUCACAGGCAAGAAGUUGACAGAUAACAAGUUUGUUUUCCAAGGAGCUGGGGAGGCAUCAUUAGGCAUAGCUCAGCUUUUAUCAUUGGCUAUGCAAGAGGAAGGGGCAACCAAAGAAGAAGCUAACAGCAAGAUCUGGAUGGUUGACUCUAAGGGCCUAAUAACAAAUGGUCGUCCCUCAGGUGGAAUUUCUGGUCACAAAAAGGACUUUGCCAAGGAUUACAAACACAUGACAAGCCUAGAAGAUGUUGUUGAGGAGUUGAAGCCAACUGCCAUUAUUGGGGCUGCUGCUAUUCCUGGAGCAUUUACCGAGAAGGUAUUAAGAUCCAUGGGCAAACAUAAUGAACGACCAAUCAUCUUUGCCCUCAGCAACCCCACGGAUAAGGCUGAGUGCACUGCAGAGCAAGCCUACACUUUGACUGAUGGUCGUUGUGUUUUUGCUAGUGGGAGCCCUUUCCCAACAUUCACCCACAAGGGACAGACAUUUCACCCUGGCCAGGGCAACAAUGCUUACAUCUUCCCAGGUGUGGCACUUGGUUUAAUCACAUGUGGUGUGCGACACAUACCAGAUGCACUCUUUUUACGAGCAGCUAAGUGUGUCUCCAACCUGGUGACUGAUCAACAUCUGAAAGAAGGCAGAGUCUACCCACCAUUGAAUGAAAUUCAGAAUGUGUCCUUGACCAUUGCUGUAGACUUGGCUGAGUAUGUAUAUAAGAAUGACUUGGCGUCUGCUUAUCCAGAACCUGAGGAUAAAGAGGCCUAUAUUCGAUCAUUCAUUUACGACACCAACUACGAAUGUUUUGAGCCUGAAACAUGGGACUGGCCUGACAACUAA